ACCACCACCACCACCACCACCACCUCUAGAUCAAGGAGAAGGGAAGAGAAGAAGCCUCUUCUUCUUCGUUCAAACUCUCAUCCCUUUUCUCUGCUAUCUACUCGCCUUCCUCCAACUUUAACCCGACAUCAACCGCCCCGACCGGAGAAGCUGGAGUUUCUUGCCUGGUAAACCGUUCCCACGCGUUCCCCGGCCUUGAUCAGAAAACCCUCUCCGCUGAGCAGCCAUCACCUCACUCAGCACCUACGUUCUACCGACAACUAAGUGCCUCGGAGGUUUCUACUACUUCACAGCUUCAACCAUCUCCACGAUGUCACCUAUAUCUAUCGACUCACUGCCACCGGAGCUCCUGCGAAUGAUCCUCUCCGCAGAUCCGAAUCCGGAACGUCGCGUGGUCACCCCGCCGGUUAAUCCAUCGGUCCCUCUCUACUCACGGCCGACGAACCCUUACUACGCCACCCACCGCUCCUACCUCGCUCUGCGUCUCGUCUGCCGUACAUGGAGCUCCAUCAUCACGCCCUUCGCCUUCGGCCACGUUCUGAUCGGGAGCAUGGAGGCAUCGCUGAAACGCCUGACCCUCAUUUCCAAUGACCAGAACCUGCGCCAUUACGUUAAAAGCUAUGAGUACUCUUUCUGGCGCGAGGGCUUCCCACAAUCCCUGCAGCAGGAGUACCUCUACAUCGAGUCUCUGCCCGAUGAGCUAAAGGAACAGGGCUAUGACCGCCUAGAUGUUGGGAACGACAUACGCAAUAGAAUCGCGCAUUACGCUGCCCAGCUCGAGUUUGAGCGCAGUGGCGAGGUGGCGCGCGGCCACUUGGACGCUUUCCCGAAGCUCCCCAACUUGGACCGGCUGAGCCUCUCAAUUGGCCCGCUCGGUGCUUCACAUGUCUCGGACCUGCCGUCGCGUUGCUGUCGCUGGGUCCCGGCAAUGGUGCAGGCGUUUUUGCGAGCUCUCGGGGAGCGUCGGACGCAGAGCGGCGUACAGCCGAUCCGCCAUUUGGGACUCGAGGGGUUGACGAGUGAGUGUUUUCUAAUGCCCCCGUCGACGGUGCAGGCUGCGCUACGCGGGUUCGAGACGUUACAUGGCAUCAAGAUUUCAAUCGGGGGCAUGAGCGAGUCUGCGACGACGCUGCUCGGCCGGUUCAUACAGAGCGCGAAACAGCUGCGGAGCAUCGACCUACAGCGGAUAGGCAAUAUUAGUGACGGAGUACCCAACCUACUUUUGCGGUCCUUCGUCUCGCCGGCAAAGGUGGACAUGUCGUGCAAAGCGCGGGGAAUAAACCCGCCUCCGAUCGUCCGCUGGCCGGAGCUGACAUCGUUGUCGAUAUGCGAGUUCAUUUUCACGCCUGCACUCCUGACAGAGUUUAUGCAGUACCAUCCGACCUUACGGACAUUGAGAAUCGACAACUGUUUCCUCAAGCCAACUGACAUUAUCCCGUGUCCUCACCACCUUCACUCCGCCUCGUCCCCUCUUCCGGACGAAGAAUCAGACCCAUCAAUCCGGCCAGAGAGGCAGACCUGGCAGCACGUUCUCCGCACCAUCGCGGCACUCCGCAAAAAGCCGCUGGAACACGUGUACCUAAUAAAUCUCGGCUCGGGUGACACGGACCACACGCACAUAUCCAACAUCGAAUUGGCGGAAUGGAGUGCUUUCCUGACGGGCAAACGUACCGACGAGCCAGAGCCCCUUGAUGGUGAAGAAGGCUGGUGUGCAAUAUGCAAUCCUGACCCCGAUGACGACUUGUACCAGGCGUAUUGGGGCCCGCACUUCGGUAUCGACACCGACAGCGAAGAGGACCUCAGCGAUAGCGAGAGCGACCUCAGCGACCUCGGCGACAGCGACAUUGUUGGUGGCGACAAUGGCCUCUCCAACAGUAGCGAUAGCAGCACCGACGAUAGUGGCAGCGAGAGUGAAGCUCCCUUAAUGUGGUUAUCGACAAGCGUCGGUGUUGGUGGUUUUGUCGAGAGCUCCAGUAGCAAUGCUCCUUCACCCAGCAGCGUAGCCAACGGACCCUUUCUCGACCCCCCCAUCUUCGAGCCUCCCAUCCCCUUUGAAGAAAUUGACGAGGACGACGAUGACGAUACAGUAACGGAGUGUGGAUAUGGAUACGGUCAACCCGAUGUUACACAGGAGGACGAGGACGAAGCGGGUAACCUGCGGGACCCAAACAAUUACGAGGAUGAGGAGGCUCGAUGGGAUUCACGCCACAAUACUCUCGACCACGGCUCCUACGAGUCUGACGAUGAUGAUGCGGGCAGCGGUCACUAGGGUCCCUUUUUUUCAUUCGGUUUGCUUUUUUCUAGUUUCUUUUCCUUUUACUUUUUCCUUUUCUCGCGAGAAGAGUGGGUGCGUUUACGUUCGAUAAUUCUUCUUUUACCAAAUGUAGUCAGUGAUUUCUUUCUUUCUUUUUUCUUUCCUUGGAUUUUUCUUGGAUGGCGGGGGGCGGGGGGGACUGCUGCAUCAUUACUCGUACUUCGGAUUGGGUUGGUUUGGGGGCCGCGCUGGCUGUUGCGUUUUUUCUGGAUUGAAAGUUGGUUUUUUUUUUGUUUCGCUGGUAUGAUAUGUAUUGUACUUCACUUUGCUAGGACGCUGUGAAGCAGCUGUACUGUACGUAUACUGGUAGUGCAAGUACUAUGAUUGGUGCAACGCCGAUACAUAAAAAGUAUGCAUGGCAAACUUGGGCAAUGGGCAAUGGG